AACGCAAGGAAAUAGUCAACGUUUCAGAGGAAUCUCACACGCGUGAUAGUACUGCUUGCCAGUGCCCAGUUCGUAUGCCUUCCAAGAUAGUUUGUAUUUUCGCGGUGCGUUAGUUCUUUGCAUUUUGGAUUUGUGUGGCCAACUUUGUUACCGUUCAACUCAAUGAAAAAUACAAUUCAUAGCAUGCGUUAGCUAACACUUGCUGGACAGGGAAAGUGUAUCUGUCUCGACAGAAGCAGGAGCAAAUCCGGCAGCAGCCUCCAGCAGAGUCGCCAGGUCCAGGCCAGGAGCACCGGGACGCGCCAGGACCCUCGCUCCCCGCUCUCUUACCGCGAUUCUGAAACCUGACGUUCCUCAGGGGCUAUGGCAACGUGAAGCCAUCUUCCAUGGUCCUAGUUUUGGCAUCGUCAAGACUGUCCGGUUUCCCGUCUUGGACCUAAGGCCGUGUUCAGGUGACUCCCCUCUGCGCGGCUCAAAAUGAACGGAUAUGUCCCGCCCACGUACCCCUCUGGGGGGUUCGGGUCUUACCCCUCCCAGCUGAAUGGACACGGUUCACAGUCUCCCGAGCUUCCAGACAACAAACCGACCACAAAUUCCAGUGCUAAAGCUUUGUACGAGCAAAGGAAGAACUACGCCAAGAACAGCAUCAGCAGCAUGAGCGACACAUCCCAGUACCGCGUGGAGCACCUGACCACCUUCGUGAUGGACCGGAAGGAGGCCGUGAUCACCAUAGAGGACGGCCUCCGCAAGCUCCGCCUCCUGGACGCCAAGGGCAAGGUGUGGACGCAGGACAUGCUGCUGCAGGUGGACGAGCGCGCCGUCUGCCUCGUCGACGCGGAGACCAAGAACGAGCUGGAGAACUUCCCUCUGAACACCAUCCAGCACUGCCAGGCGGUGAUGAACGCCUGCAGCUACGACUCCAUCCUGGCGCUGGUGUGCAAGGAGUCCGGCCAGGGGAAGCCCGACCUGCACCUCUUCCAGUGCGACGAGGUCAAGGCAAACUUGAUCCACACAGAUAUUGACAGUGCCAUCAGCGACCACAAAGGCGGGAAGGUGAAGAAGCGUCCGGAAGCACUGCGGAUGAUCCUGAAGAGUGACGGGGUCAUCCCCCCGCCCCCCUCGGCCCCCGCCCCCGCCCCCCCGGCCACUCUGGCUCCGGUGGACGUCAAGAGCCGCGUGGCGGCCUGGUCCGCCUGGGCAGCCAGCGAGCAUCCGGACUACGACAGCCCCGGUCCCUAUUCCGCGCAUGACGAGCCCCCGGAGAUGAUGGUGGCCAGGGUGGACCGUGAUGUGCAAAUCCUGAACCACAUCCUUGACGAUAUCGAAUAUUUUGUCACCAAGCUUCAGAAAGCUGCCGAGGCAUUUAACGAGCUUUCAAAGAGGAAGAAAACAAAGAAGAGCAAGAAGAAGGGACCGGGAGAGGGCGUACUGACUCUGAGAUCCAAGCCACCCACUCAGGAGGAGUUUGUCGAUUGUUUCCAGAAGUUCAAGCACGCUUUCAACUUACUGGGGAAGCUGAGGGCCCACAUUCAGAACCCCAGCGCUGUGGAUCUGGUCCACUUCCUGUUCACUCCGCUGAACAUGGUGGUUCAGACCUCCGGGGGGGUGGACCUGGCCAAGAGCGUUCUCAGCCCGCUGCUCACCCGAGAGGCCAUCGACUUCCUGCACUCUGCCGGCACCGCCGAGGAGAGGCACCUGUGGGUGUCGCUCGGCGACGGCUGGACCAAGUGCAGGCUGGAGUGGCCGAAGGACCAGCACUUCCCCCCGUACUCCCCGCGCUUCCGGGACGGCUGGGAGCCGCCCGUGCUGGCCUACAUGGGCCACCCCCGGGAGCCGGAGCUGACGCAGCUGGCCCAGUCGCUGGCCCACGUCGAGGUGCUGCGCCAGGAGGAGGCCGCGCACAGGCUGUCCAUGGAGCACCCCGGCGUCCAGGCCUUCCCCCCCACUGACGGGUACGCUUUCGGUAACACGGCGUACAGGCGAGCGCACCUGCUGGACCAGGACACGGCCGUGGCGGCCUUCAAACAGGCCGUCAGCCGCCAUGUAGAUAGGAACUAUGAAGCUCACGGGCGGACCCAACCAAAGAACUACGCCAAAUCCAAGUACGACUUUGUGGCUCGAAACAACACUGAGCUGUCAGUGGUGAAGGACGAAGUUGUGGAGGUGCUGGACGACAGGAAGCAGUGGUGGAAGGUGAGGAACGCCGGCGGCGACGCCGGGUACGUGCCAAACAACAUCCUGGAGAUCACGCGGUCCGUGGAGCUCAGCCUCGGGCGGGGCGAGCCCGUCUACAGCCACACCAUCCAGAAGCAGCGCUCGGACUACGUCCCCAAACCCACGGGCGGGCCCAUGCCCCCCGCCCCGAUGCCCCCGCCGGCCCCUGCCCCCGCGCCCGCCCCCGUCCGGCUGCCCACCCCGCCCCUGCCCCCGGCCGGCACGCCCCCCUCGGGCGACCCCCGGGCGUCGCCCACCAACGUGAGCCGGCAGAACAGCAGCACCUCCAGCGACGCGGGCAGCGUGACCAUGAGGGACCAGAGGGAGCGCCCCGCGCCCGUCAACCGCAGGAAGUCCAACAUGGAGGAGGUGCAUGACGAGCUGCAGCAGAGGCUGACGCUGGGCCGCAGCGCGCAGAAGAAGUUCCAGGCCCCGCCGCGGAACGCCGGGGGGCCGGCCGUCAACAUCAGCUACGACUCCUCCCCCGACGAGGUCAAGGCCUGGCUGCAGGCCAAGGGCUUCAGCGCUGUCACCAUCAACAGCCUGGGGGUCCUGACCGGCGCCCAGCUCUUCUCCCUCAACAAGGACGAGCUGAAGACCGUGUGCCCGGACGACGGGGCCCGGGUGUACAGCCAGGUCACCGUGCAGAAGGCCGCCCUGGAGCGGGCCUCUGGCUCCGAGCUGCAGGAGAUCAUGCGCAGGCGGCAGGAGAAGCUCAGCGCGGUGGCCAGCGACUCGGGGGUGGAGUCCUUCGACGAGGGCAGCGGCCACUGAGUGGUGCGCUGGCCGCUAAACCCCGCCCCCUUUUUUUUUUUCCUGUCGCACUGUGCUUCCAGGACGCCUCUGAGCGGGCCCAGUUCGCCCAGAUCAUGCGCCGGCGCCAGGAGCUCGCCGAGCUGUGACAUCAUCGCGCUGACAGGACGCACUGCCGCUGGAGCUCAAGCCCAAUGCCCACAGGAAAUAAACCUCCCAAUUCACAUUUUGCGUAUAGUUCAAGAAUAUGGUGACAAUGGGAAAAAAAAAAAAAAAUUAUGAUUGGACCAACAAAACUAAUUUUUUUACAUUUGUCCUGGUCCAAA